AUGGUAAUUCACAACAAAUAACUCUUCGGCAAUGAUUACAGAGUUAUAAAGUCGUCACUUCAGACUAUUUUGACAUGGGCUUUAUCAGAAACGUGAUACAUCCGCGCCAUAGUAAUCUAAAGUCACUUCGAGCGCUAAACCCCUUGUGACCUUAGUUUGAUGUGGUAUGGAGUUAUGGCAACAGAUUGCGGAUUUCACACUGGAGAAUGCUAGCCAAACGCUGCCGGAUCAGUGGAAUUUUAGAUACUUGGAGAUAACUGGAAGGCACUUGGGGCCACCUAGAAGUAUUAACGAUGUUUGUGAACGGAUUCCUAAGCUUCAAAUCGAAACGAGGGCCCGUUAUGUCAAGCCUAAGGAACAGUCGCGUGUUGCUACACUCUUUAAAUACACUUCGCCAAGGCGACCGAAAUCACCACCGCGAUCUAUCAAAGAGAAAAUAGUCACAGUCAAAGUCGUGGUCGCUAAAAAGGAUGAUAAAACUCCUAAACGGAAUUGUAUUUGUUCAUGCCAAGAUAAUGCUUCAUUUAAAAGCUCGAGAAAACAGUUAGCUGCUGAGACUUCUGAAGAUGAUGAGGAUGAUAUAGAAAUCUCGUACGAAGAGUUGUUGGGGGUCAUUGAGAGUUAUGAUAGAGGUGUACAGAAGGAGGCUACAUCGGCAAUAACUCGGCUUGUGCGAAGAUUUUCGGGUGGCAAGAUUCUUACUGAAAGCGAUGCGGUCAAGACCUUGAAGAUGUUGGAUACAGAUAACUCGGCCGUUCAGGGUGGCAUACUGAUACUGCUGACCAAAUUAAGCGAAGGCGCCAUAAACGCCAAGAGUUUACUGGAACAUUCCAUCAUGGACGACUUAAUCUACCUGAUGCUGCUAGGAGCUACUGCGCAUGUGCAGAUCGAGGCGGCGAGGUGUAUCGCCCAGCUGACGAAGCGCGAGGAGCAUGCGCAGUUGUGGAUGGAAACCAUGGUCAUUUCUGGAACCGAGGCUUUAUUCGGCGUUCUGACCGCGCAGGAGCCUGUGCCUGACGAGCUACGUGACGUUGCCUUGACGGCUGUCAAUCAUUUAGCUUCACAUGCACAAAUGGCACAGCUGUUGAUCGAGUUCGGACUUGACGGCGUGGUUCAAUCAUUAGCACAUAAGCGCCACGCGAUUGAGGUAUUAAACAGUAUAAUAUCACACGACGUCACUUCCUGUGAGAGAUUUGUCGCCAAGCACGAGGCCGAGGUGUUGCCAAGGAUACUGAAUGUUCUCCAAUACAACACUUGCUCCCAGCAACAAGAGGCAGUCCGUUUUCUUGCGACUCUGACCCUUUUUAAGCCCGGUAUUCAGCCAGUCAUUACCCAUCAUGCUCUAGGCCAUCUGCUGUGGGCGAUGACGUGCUCACACUGUAGGUUCGUCAGGGACCAUGCUAGUAGAGCCAUGAAAAACAUAAUCAACAACCCAGACAAAACCGCUGUCCUAGAGGCUCUUACCGACCUCUCAACGUCACAUGAUUCCAUCAAUACGCAUGCUUCAAUUACUGCUGGUAUCACCGUGGAGACAACUCGACUAUUAAACAAAUUCCUAAAUAACCCUAAAGCUUCAAAGCUGGAGAAAGCCGUUGCAGAGAUGGUUUCAGUGUUAUCGUUAGCUUUUCAGACGGACUCGCUAUCGAUAUGUGGCAAUGAAAGGACGUUGUGCAUUAGUGAACCUGUCAAUAAAGCCGUUAAAGGGUUUACAAAAGGCAGGAUAGCAAAGCCAAAUAACCCGGAUGCAAGGUAUCUUAGCAGCUUAAGAGUACUAACCAAUACUGUCGUUGCCAUGGUGAGUCUUAUCAGGCUGACGGACAGAGAUGAGAAUGGUAAUGAGAAGACGUGUACUCAGGCCAGCGGCGCAAAUCCCAGUCUUGCCGCUUUGUUGAUCCAAUAUGGCGGUAUUCGACUUUUUACUCAACUCCAGUUCCUGAGUAGCAAACUACAGCAUAUCAACCCACCAUCUUUCCACGCGAUUGACCCAACAACUCUACCACCGAAGGACCUUGUUUCUACUAUGAAAAACGCGCGGACAGAACUUAUAUUUGCCUCAACAAAACCUAAACAAGAAACCAGAAAACAGUAUCCCAGCUUUGGCUUCCAUUCUACUGAACUAAAUUUCGUUCGAGAAACAAUCAACUUUUUAUUGUACUUAGUCAAAGCGACAGCUUCAAGUUUUGACCCGUCUGUUGAGGAUUUGAACGUAUUUGAGUCAAAACCAGUAAGAACGAGUCAUAGCAAAGGAAAGCAUUUAUCAUUCAAGGCGUCAGCGAGCAUGGUGAGGAAUGCCGUGCGGUUUACUCGAAUAGCGCAAGCGCAUCAAGAAGAUAGUGGAAAAGAGAAGAAAAAGAGUGGCAAAGGGCGCAAAAGCAGAUCAAGGCCCCUUAGUAGCCGAGCCUCCGUCGGUAGCCGAGACACAGCUAUGCCGGUUCGCAGCGCACCCAGUCCAUCUCCGACUACUACAACCGUUGCACCUCCCGCCCUGACUGGAAGACUGGGUUCUACUUCUCAGGACGAGACGGCUCACUAUAUCAAACAGAGCCUGUUGGAUGCUAAAGUGAUUUCGCACCUGGCGCCAUGGGUUACCUGUGGAAUCUAUGAUAUACAGACCAGCGUUAUUAAAGUGAUAAGAUACCUUAUGCACGUACAAAAGAAAUCAAAGCAAGCCAGUGGCCAUCAAGCACAACCGAGAGAGGCCUGGGGACAAGAUCCUCCUGCCCAGACGCGCGCUAACAUAGAGAGCCAGCGGCCGACUAGCAGCGUGCCUGGCAACUCCAAGACAAAGUCUGUGCAUCUUGGUCACGUGAGUGCUCGUCACGUGGUACAAUAUUGUGGGGCGUACCUCUUAGAUUUGCUAGGGCCGCCGGCCGCGCCGGGAUUGGGGCGAGCGUCAUUAAUGGUUAUCCGCGAAGCUGUUAUAAAUGGAGAGGAUGACAGCAGACUCAAAUUAGUCAAGCUCGGCUGUUUUAACCGCAUCAUCGACUACAUCCGGGGUAACGAACAGGAAGCUGAGUACCAAGCCCUAGGACUUGUGGUCGUGCGUAGCCUGGUGUCUAGUGACCAGUCUCUCAAGCAGUUAUUCUUCGCUCACGGUGGCAUGAGUCUUGUCAUGGCGCUCAAUGAUUACAAGGAGGGACUGGUUAAGGAGGAGGCUGGGUACACUCUCACCUCAUUUGCCAAAGCAGUUACUUCCCCGUCGUAUAUGCGGUCCAAACGCGCCGCUGGCCGGUCCAAAAAACGCUCGCGGACUCAUACAGACGAGGACGUGUGGGACCAUGUAGUGGAGAAGUGGAAAGGACAGGACAAGGUGGUCAAAGUGCUGAAGAAAUUUAACGUCAGAUACUAAUAAAUAGUAUAUGAACAGAUGCAGAUAUCUUUGAAAGAAAUCCUGGAGUCUCCCUGUGUGCACAGGUCUCCCAGUUAAGUAAACGAUAAAUACAGUUCAGAACAUAACAAACAUAAAGGGAUUUGGAUAUCUUCAAAAUAUAGAAUAUAUCAUCUUUAAAAAGAUCGACUUGUUAUUUGGACUAUCAGUCGUUUGCCGUUUGUUUUUUUUUUUUGUUUUUUUUUUUUUUUGUACAUAUGGAAGAAUUUGGGGGAAAAUAGCAAAUGAAGCUUUAACAAAUUAUUAUUAUAAUUGUUGUUAAUAAUAGGUUAUACAUUUGAAAGAUUUCGGGGAAAAAGAGCAAAUAAAGCUUUAACAAAUUAUUAUUAUUAUAAUGUAUAUUAUACAGGGGAGGGUGGGCUUAAAAAAGGGAACAAAUUUAGAAGGGAUGGGAGCCUUAAAACAACGUUUUCAGCAUAAACAAGAAAAUAUUUGAAAAAUCUCGUUCCCCUCAGGACCCUCACCGAGAAACUACGCCAGGGGGACUUGUGUUAGAGAUCACGUGAUCUCCAGGUGGCAAAUCCAAGCCAAAAGAAACCCUGCGUCCGCCUAUAAAAGAAAAAAAAGUAAUAAAAAAAUCUGGCUUUAUUCUUAAGCGCUAAAUAAGUUGAUUUUUAGUUGCUGUAAUUUUGCCACUAAAAGCCUGUGGGCGAAAGUGUUUGUCAACCAAAAAGUCGUGUGAUCUCACAUGGGCCAAAACCUCCUAUAUUCCGGUACGAAGAGUUUUAGUAUCAAGGUCGACUGUAUGCUGCUACGGGUUUCCUUGCAUUCCAUGAUAAAAAAAAGGAACUCUUUAACAACGAAUGCUUAAAAAGACCUUGACUAUUUUUAGUAUGACAAAGGAAGUUAGACAUGUACAGGAAGCCGGUUUAUUAAUCAAGAGUCGUCAAGGGCUUUUAUUUUAAAAGAAUGCAGAGUCAAUCCGACAGAAAUCCUCAGGACAUGGCAUAACAAGAGGAUUAAGAUAAUAGCCGGUCAUGUUAUAAUAAUGAAUUUAAAGAAGGCGAAUGUCACGCUGUCAUUUUAUACUCCCGCUCAAUGCCGAUUCACGCAAAACAUUCAUUUCCAUCCUUUAAUUCAUUCAAGCGAUUAACCAAGUCAAUAACGUACCAGACUUAACUCUUAGAUUGUUAGUUUGAAGCUUCCUUUCGAAUAAACGUUGUAUUUUAAUAACAAACAA